AUGUUAUCACCAUUAACACAAAAGCGACUUGCCACAGAAAUAAGAAAUAUUCUUAAUGAUCCACCUCCGUAUAUCAUAGCUAAACCAAAGGAAGAUAACAUUCUAGAAUGGCACUUCGUAAUAACUGGGCCUGAAAAUACACCAUUUAGUCAGGGUCAAUAUCAUGGUAUUAUGUUAUUUCCUAUUAUAUUUCCAUUAGGACCACCUUCGAUUUCAAUUAUUACUCCAAACGGUAGAUUUGCCUGUAAUACGACAUUGUGUUUGUCUAUGACAGACUAUCAUCCUGAUGAUUGGACUCCUGCGUGGAAAGUGCCAUCUAUGCUACUUGGGUUUUUAAGUUUUAUGACAGAUAAUGAACCUACCACUGGUUCCAUAGUUACUGAUGAUAGCACAAAGAAACAAUUGGCUAAGGAAAGUAAAAAAUGGAAUAAUGAUAAUAACCCAAUCUUCAAAGAUAUAUUUCCAGAUUUAGUUGUUGAAAAUAUUCAAUUUAUAAGACAACAAGAAGGAGAAGAAGAAGAAGAAAGAGCAAGAAUAAAUAAUAUAAAUGGUCCAAACAAUAAUGGGGAAAAUAAUCAUAUUACAAGAGAAACAGACCAAUUUUUUAAUGAUAUGUCUUCCUAUUAUAAUCCAUGA